AUGCUGUCUAGAGGAGUGGGACCUGAGAAGAUAAAUAACCGAGAGCUAUGGUGGGAGGGCCCAGCAUGGUUACAGGAAGAGAUCGAAUAUCCGAGAGAUUCGAAAUCUUUAUCAGAACCUCCCGAAAAAAGACUGAUGUCGUUGAGCGUCGAAGUGGAAACGGAAUGGGACAUCUGUUACCGAUACUCGUCAUUAAAACGAUUAAAAAUGGUUAUCGCGUACUGCCGGCGAUUUACACACAAUUGCAAAAAAUCUACUAGUAGACGGUCCGGGGAAAUCACGGUGAGAGAAUUAGAAGAGGCAAUGAAGAUUAUAGUAAGGAAUCAUCAGAAGAAAUAUUUUACGAGAGAAAUAAAAGCGAUGCAGUCUAGGAGUCCGAUCUCGAAGAAAAGUCGAUUGCUGCCACUUAACCCGUUCAUAGACGAAGAGGGGUUGUUGCGGGUGGGAGGACGUUUGAGAAAUGCCCCGAUAUCAUAUUCACAAAAAUUUCCGGUGAUUCUCGAAACUUAUGAUCAUUUAACAGAAUUAAUAAUUAGAGAUUCACAUUUGAAAGCUCUGCACGCAGGUCCCGAAGCGCUUUUAGGUAUAAUUCGAGAGAGAUAUUGGAUCGUGUCAGGAGCAAACCGCGAACUGCAAGAGUUGCAGAAAUUAUUACAAAAUCAAGAUCAUCAACACCAAAUUAACGAGUUUACACAAUGA